UUCUGCAACUUAUUUAUUUCUUAGGAAGUAGUAAUAAAUAUUUGGAGCCAAAGUUGCCUCUUUUGAAACCCCUCUCACUGGCGCCGUCUCUUCGUCUUUGCUCACAGUUUCUGAUUUACACCUUUUACAGCUUCAUUCUGAUAAUUUUCUGCCUCCGAAGGGUAUUGAGAAUAAUCUCAAAAUGAUCAACUCUGAACCCCUUCAUAAUGGUGUGACCACUGGUGGAACUGGUAUGCCAGCGUUUGAUAAGCAGCUUCCUGGUGUAACAAGAAAGACAGCUUUGAGAGAUGUGCAGAAUCAAAAAAGCAGCUUGAUGAGUAACCAUCAAGAAAAUUCACAUCUUUUAGGGGUAAGACCCAUUGCAGAUCCAACUAGGGUAUGUGGAACUAAGAGGCUUACACCUGAGCGUCCUUCAAAUACCAAUUCUAGCAUAUCUUUGAGCAGCAAUGGUACAAAUGACAAUAUACUUAAUGCUCGACGAAGAUUUGAUCUAGAACUAGGUAAAGGAAGACUUCAGAGCAAUGUGGACAAAUUUGUGGAGGCUACUCACUCAAAGAACCUGAGUCAGUUGCAGAGGAUAAUUCCUCAAAAACAAAAUCUACAGAGGGAAGGUAGUAAUGGUCAUCCUCCUGUAGCAUCACCAAAGCAUUUGACACCUAUGAUGACAUUUUCUCAUGGUGGACCAUCAAUUCCUAAUUCUCUUGGCAAGGCUGCUAACAACUCUCAUGCUGUUCCAAUUGAUUCUUCUAAGCUUUCUCCCCAGCCAAUGCGUACUUUGGAUGUCAAGGUGGAUGAAGAUCAGAAAUUGACAGAACAUUUCAUUCGUCUGCAGAAGUUCCUGAAACAGUGUGAUGAAGCAAACCAAACAGAAUACCUUCAGCUGCUUCUACGUUUGUCACCACCUGAGCUAAGCAGACAUGCCGUUGACUUGGAGAAAAGGGCUAUCCAGUUGACAAUAGAGGAAGGAAAGGAGAUGCAACGAGUGAAGAACCUCAAUGUUUUGGGAAAAUCCGCCCUGUUUUCCAGCUUAACUCAGACAGUUCCCUUAGUCCCGACCAAGAAAUGAUGAGCACGAAGCUAAUGGCAAUAAUUCGUGUUGCACUGAUGCAAUGCCUGCUUUCAGCCUUGUACUCCACAGGGUACAAGAUCUUGAGCGGAGGCUAUUGGGCGUUGGCUUCUUUAGACAUCUAGUCUUUUUUUUUUAUAGUAAGCUUUUUCCUUUUGAUUAGCUAGCCCUCUAGAGAUCAAGAAGUUAUCAAACACUGUACUUUGGUAUUCUUUUGGGUAUAAGCAGUUCAUACUAUCUGUACAUUGUUCCAUCUACAUAUUUGAAGUUUGCAGAUU